AUGAUCGAUGAGGGAACACAUCCAGAGCUCAUUGAACAAUUUGAACUUUUUGAGAAGAGACGAAAAAGACAAGUGGAGCUGGAGGAUAUCGAGGAUGAGUUUGAAGAAGCUGAAAUCAAACGAAUCUCGAGCGAGAUGCAGAAAAAGGAAAAAGAAGCAAGCGCUGAAGCUGAGGAACGUGUCGCUGGAAUCGUUCAACAACUUUUAAACGAACUGGACAGGGAAAUGAAGAAGGUAGACUCCUACAUUUCUGGACUUGACAUCGCUCGUCCCUACAACGAAAUGCCGUGCGAUUCGUCGAAGAAGAUUCUCCGAGCUCCUAUUUCAUAUUUACCGAUCAAAAAGCCCACCGACACCGGCAAAACCAUUCAACCGCCGAUUCCUCUAUCAUCAAAGAUCAACACUUUUCUGCUGAAAGAUGCCGAGAUUGCUGAUGAUUUGAAGUCAAUUGGCACCGACGGGAAAAGUAGUCCAAUGAAAGGGAGCAGUCACAUCGAUGUCACCCUGUCAAAGCUGAAGUUCAGUUAUGGAGGACGAUGGUACAAACCCAGCGAGGAGGUGCUCGUCGAGAACAGAGAGUACGGGAAAAUUCCCGCGAAAAUCGACACGAUCAACGAUGAGGUUGUCAUUUUUAAAUCGUGUUUUUCGUGGGAUGUCCGUCAGAUUUGUGCCUCGUCUGCUGAUUUCGCCGAGGGUCGGGUGAUCAUUCAUAACAAAAAGCGAAACGCA